GGUUGAGCCUUGCAAAUUCUAAUUAUGGUUAUGUGCUCGUCCCGCCCAUUUCUUUCUGCUUCUGUCCUCCUGUGACUUUCGUUGCAUGUGCUCAUGAUCCGUUGCUUUCCAUCUUUAUGAUCUCUCUUCCGUUCUUUGUUACACUACCUUAAUCAAUCCUUUCGUUAAUACCUCCCAAAGGCGGGUCAUUGACCAUGGCCUGGAAAGUCAUCCUACCUGUGUUUGUCUUCAUCAUUCUCACGUCUGCUGCCCAGAUCCCUCGAGAAAUCCAAUGGACAGACGACACAUUUGGACCUGAUGGUCCUUGGCGUGGUGUCAACGUCCAGAUUGGAAGCAGUCCCACUUCCAUUUCCCUAUAUCCUGGCGGAACCUGGGAAACAUGGCUUAUCAGCGAUGAUUAUUGCGAGCGAGGAACUUGCUAUGCUUCGAAAGCGGGUACUUACGACAAAAGAACCGGUGAUCGAACUGGCUUGAAUAUUCUCGUGGAACUGGAUGGUUUCAUGCAAGGCGUGAACCUCGAAGGCGACACGAGUAUUCGCUACAGAGACGACAUAAUGUUUGGUGAGAUCAACACCGUCAACUCGACUAUUGCUCUGCUUGAUGCGCAGAAGAUUAAAUAUCCGGGUGGUCAGACCGUACCGUUCUUCGCGGGCUGUCUGAGUUUGGGCGGUCCAAAAUCCGUCAACCAAUCUUUUGAACAACCUGAUGGGAGACCUGCUACCAAUGGCAGUAUGCCACCUGGAUGGUUUUGGGAGAACGAGUACACGCCCUCCAAUUCUUAUGGCAUGCACAUCGGGUCCGUCAAGCCAUCCAUAGCUGGGUCUCUCUGGUUCGGUGGUUACGACAAGAACCGCGUUAUUGGGGAAGUCCUUACCUUGAGUGGAAGUCCGAGAGGUGAUGGAAUCACACUUUGGGAUAUUGCUAUCGAAGGUGUUGGCGAUCACUCGCCAUUUACUUCCAAGUCCAAGGGUGAUCUCUUGGCCAAGGGCAACUCUUCCAUCAGCAGCGGUCUUAAGGUCACUGUGGACGGAUGCUCCCCAUACCUCACCCUUCCAAAGUCCACUUGCGACAACAUCGCCGAACACCUUCCCGUCAACUUUAAUUCGGAUCUUGGCCUUUAUAUAUGGGACACAAAAUCAGACCAAUACGACAAAAUCGUCAACUCCGCGACCGCUCUAUCAUUCUCGUUCAUAUCAGACACAAACACCGACCCCGUCAAGAUCAGAGUUCCAUUCAUGCAUCUCAACCUCACUCUUUCUGAACCGAUUGUCGACAACCCUAUCCCCUACUUCCCAUGUCAUGUAAACAACAAUGGAAGAUACGUCCUUGGAAGAUCAUUCCUACAAGAUGCCUUCGUCGGAGCGAAUUGGCAUCCUGAUGCCAACUCCUGGUGGCUGGCUCAAGCACCCGGUCCCAGAGUUCAAGCCACGACAGACGUCACGUCAAUUGAGAUCAAAGAUAAGACUAUCAGCAAGGGUGGAAACAACUGGGAAGCUUCAUGGAAAGGUGUCUGGGACGAUGAGCCAGCGCCAUCGCCAUCGAGCACUCCAACCAAAGCGGCCAGUCCCUCAGAACAAGAUGAAGUCGAGUUGAAACCUUCCAUGCCGACCGCCACAAAGGUUGGAAUUGCCGUAGGGGCAGGUGCUGCACUCUGUCUCAUCGCUCUAGGUCUGGGCAUUUACUUCUGGCAACGGCGCCGUAGAGCUCAAGGCCAACAGUCUGAGACUCAAUCGUCGCUUUAUAAAGAUAACUCUGAUGGCUUUUCGGUAAAGUGGCCUAGUGAUCUACCACCACAGGAAUUGCACGUUCCUAGGCAUAAGCUGCCUCCAUAUGAGAUGUCAGCAGAUGAGAGACGGAUAUGUGAGAUGUACGUUCAUGAGUCACAGCAGAAACGACCAUUGACGCAGCGAUACGAGUUGGCUUGAGCUUGAGCGAGUUUUUGAAGCGAAAACUGUUAUUUAUGAUUUCUUCGUACCAUUAAUGAUUAUAUUAGAAUAGAUAAUUGCUUAUAACAUUGUACCUUUAAAUUUGGUCGUCACUGGA